AUGUACGACAAGGCGGAAGAAGCCGCGGAAUCAGGUGAUCACGCCAAGGCCGGGAUCCUCCUGAAGAUCUGCAAAGGUCUAUCCCAGGUUGCCGCUGGACCUAAUGGAAUCGCCAACCCCCCUAGCAACAACUCGAACAGAACGAACUCAGUUCAAAAAGUUGACUUUAUGAGCGUGAUCCCAGCAAAAAAGCUCAAUUCAACCAACCCCGGCAAGGAAGGCCCAAAGCCGUCCAAGGGUUCUAACCAGCAGACCCAGCAACAGGGAGGGUACAAGGGAAACCGCUUCAACCCGCGCCACAACAAGCGUGACAGCGGUGGCAGAGGGUCACACAGGAAAGACCGCAACCAUUAG